AUGGCUCUGUCGCUCACUAACUCCCUCUCAGGUAUGUACAUCAGAGAAGUCGCAGCCGCAGGAAGCAGCUACGGCAUCGCGACCAACGUUCUCGUUCCUCCCAGCACACUCCUAACUGUGAUACAAGGGCUUCAAGCUGACGGCAUGGUCGUCACGGUUAUCGAAGAGAAACUCCACCCGGAUCUUGACCCAGUCACUGCCGCCAUCGCCAAGAUCGGCGCCCACUGCUUCCCCUCUCACAACGAAGCCAACGCGAUCAGCGGGCAAGGCACCAUUGCACUUGAACUCGAGAACGAAGUGGCUCAGCUGCUAGCCAUGAAACCGUCUCCACCAAAACGUAACAUGCCCGGCCUCCACGCCAUCAUCAGCAUCGUCGGCACAGCCUCUGCUCUCUGCGGCAUCUGCAUGGCCUGCGAGCGAACAGGCACUCGAGUCUUCGGCGCCGAGACGGUUCCUGACCCCAUUCUCGAUACCCACGGACCGAACCUCUCAAGCAUCGUAAGAGGCGAGGAACGAUAUGACUUUGACGUUCCCAUGGGCGACCUGCCAUUCUCCACAUUCACAGCUCGGGGCCUUCUCUCAGCUAUUCUCUACGCGGAGCAAAGCACCGCCAUCAGGGCAAGCGAGGCGUUAUUGCAACAGUGCAGUGUACAUGUCACACCGCGGGAUGUAGCGCCGCUGGCUGUCGGGUUGUACAGUGAGGAUUUCCAUCGGUUUGUGAGGAAGAACGUUGAUCGUGGGCAGGUGGUCAACAUUGGGAUCAUUGUCCAGGCUGAUCAGGCGAGGCUGGGCACGCAACGUCCAGGGACUGUGGAGUUCUUCCCGGGCGAGGAUCUCCAUGACGGGCUGGAGAGUCUGUUCCUGUGCUAA